CCCGUUAUCGUAGUCGUGCCUAGCUCGAUGAUCAAAUUGGUACGUUUAAUCGAUUAGUGUCAAAUUUUUCCCCAAACAAACAACACUUUUUUCCAUUUGACAGUUGAAAAUUCAAUUUGGCGCAAGAAUUGCAAAAAAUAUCACUUCGUACGCAAAAAUCGCGGCACAUAUUCAGAAAUCUCAUUCAGAUACAAAAAAGUUCUGCUCAUGAGUUUCGACGACACAAUUAAUGCAUAUUUUGUCACCACAAGUACUGUGGAAAAUCCAGACCCAUCAAAAUGCAAAGAUUUGGAAACAGCAUUUACUCACCUCCGGGACCACAUAUCGGAAGAGAACAUCAGACAUAUAAAGGCAAGCGAGGGGUUUCCGCUUAUAGCCUCAGGACAACUUACAAAGAAAGAUGUAUUUAUCUUCGAUAAAUUUGAAGGGGACUUUUUUAUGCAACUCAAGCUAACAAAGUCACUCAUAAUUGGUCCGCGAUGUCUUAUAACUUGCUUGCUAAGUUCUCUACCUGUGCCCCUUGGCCCAAGUCCGAUUUACACCACGGCAAUGCGGGACUUGCAUAUAUGUGCUACUGGUAUUGCCCCAGAUCAGAAAGAAAGAGUACGCACAUACAUUCAGUGGAUGGGUGGUUAUUACUUCCAGAACCUUAGUCGGCCAGUGACACAUCUAAUUUCGAACACCAUUAAGUCUACAAAAUAUGAGCAUGCAUCCUUGAAUGGAAUUCCUGUAAUGCAUGUUGAUUGGGUACAGCGCGUUUGGGAACGCAGCUCUGUUGAAGAUGUUUCAGCAACAGAUGAGGAAUUUGAAAAGUACAAGCUGCCCAUCUUCUUUGGAACGAACAUAACAUGUACAGGAUUGGACACGGAGAAAAAAAAUGAGAUAAUGCGUUUAGUAAAUGAAAACGGUGGCACGUACCACUGUGCAUUUCGUUCAGCGCUUGUCGAUAUAGUCAUUACUGCGCGUGGAAACACAAAUUCUGAUAAAUAUAAGGCAGCAGUGAAGUUCAAAAAAGAAAUUCUCUGCCCCGAAUGGAUAUUUGAUAGUGCAGAAAAAGGCUUUGCACUUCCAACGAAGGGUUAUAAAGUUAAGUCUCUGAAGGUAUCUACUCCGAUUAAGGAUGAUCGCAGUAUUGCAGAUUUCACUCACCUUUCGGAUACAUCACGUAUAAGUGUAAUGGGCGGUCCAGGACGCAAUUAUCGAAGUGAGCUCGCGACUGUCAAUGACACAAUUAGCAGUGGUGUAAAUGAAACACAACAAAAUGAUGGUACUUUUGUUGCACCGGUUACCCGUGCAACUACUUCCAAGGAUUUGCAGCGCGAAGUGCAUCUGAAACAGGGCGCUGCAGAACAUUAUCGCCUAGUCUACGAGGAAAUAUGCCCGAAACAAGCAAAAAAGGCUGGCAAUUUUCUAGAUGGUUGCUGCAUUUAUUUAAGUGGUUUUCGACUUGAAGAGAGAGAAAAAUUAAAUAGGAUUCUAAAUGUUGGAGGGGCAACGCGUUAUGAUGUUGUGAAUGAGAAAAUCACACACAUCAUUGUGGGUCAACUAGAUGACGGAGAGCUGCGCUCUUGGAAACGUGAUGGCAUACUGACAACCGUAAACAUUGUUCGACUUGAUUGGCUACUUCAAAGCAUUAAAUUGAAACAAGCCGCCAGCGAAAUUGUAUACCGAAUGUCACUUCCAACGACUCGUGAACCUGAUGCGCCUUCGCCUUCCAGCAAAAAGACAUUGCGAUCUAUGAAUCACAGCUUUAAACACCCAGAGAAACCGAAAAGGAAACUUUUUGAAUCUGAAGAAAAAUCGACUGAAUCUGUAACAGCACCAGCAAAAUCUACCGAUUUGCCAUUGGAAGAAGAAGAGCAACAUAUCAUUGCCCAGUACUCCCAAGAAAAUGAGCCUGCGGCUGCAGUACCAGUUGCAACAACAGCAAUCAAAUCAAACAACAAUUUAGCCGAUCAAACUCAGUCGGCUCCCGUGGCUUCAUCCACUUUGAAACCAUUAGCAAAUAUUAUUCCCCAACCUGCAGCAAAUCCGUCUGCAGAUAAUGAAAAUUCCACAAAAAUGAACACUGAAAUUGAUUUUGAUAAUUUGGACUUUUUCGAUGGAAAGUCUUUGUAUAUCGAUCGCGCACAUUUUCCCGAAGAAUUCUACUCUCAAAUGCUGGGUGAGUGCGAAGCUGCGCAUGGGGACAUAGUGCCGGCCACAUUCGUAGAUAUCGUUGACUAUGCAAUUGUUUCGUUUGAGCGUACAUUGAAUGUACACGACCUACCCGUUAAGGCACGACAUAUUGUCACUGAUUUGUAUGUGGAAAACUGCAUGAAGCAGAAUAAACUGGUACCCAUAGAGUAUUUCCAUCGCCACGUGCCCCACACUGCUAAUUCGCAACCCCUUGUAGGCAUGACGAUUGUUAUUUCUACUUACACUGCUUUGGAAUAUGAUUUCAUUGAUUCCGUUGCACAAUUGCUGGGUGCCACUGUCAAUCGCGUACUUGCUAAAAAAGAACGCCCUCUUUUAGUUUGUCCACGCGCUGAAGGUUCAAAAUAUGAGGGAGCCAUCAAAUGGGGAUACCCCAUCGUUACUUCUGCUUGGCUGGUGCAAUGCGCUGUAGAAGGUAAGAAGUUAUCAUUUCAGCCGUACCUAGUCGGCAAUAGUCCACCAGACUUUCCUGUAUCGCCAACGUUGCGUGAAAAGAACUUACCUAAUCCAGCGGCACGUGCGCCUUCGAAUGCUUCCGUUGAGCCCAUGGACACGCAAGAAAAUGCCGAAAAUGAUCUUACUCUCGGAGUGACUGCAGCAAAUGAAUUCACGCCACUUCGUAAUAAACGUGUUACCGAAUUGGCAGGCUCCAUUUCGCGAAACUCUCGACCAUCUUCCAAUUUACCGACGAAUAACACUCCAAUUACACCCGACUCUCCUCAUACGCCUACAAACUCAUAUGGCCGGUCGUCUUGUAAUUUUGAAUAUUUGGAGGGUGUUGUAGCCGAAUUGGACAACGAAGAUGCGCGUGCUUGUCUCCGCGAACUAAUUGAAGAGAUGCGCAAUAAUCAGACGCCCGAGUUGGAACGCAUUCGCCGACAGGCAUGCACUCCCAUCAAUCGUAAGCUACCCACCCCAAAAGGAAUACCUGACUUUUGUACUACUCCCGAAUUUCAAAAGCGAAUGGCCGAUGCUUUGGAACGGCGUUGGCGCUUGCCAACUAAAAAACUAAAGAUUGACACCCCUAUCGAUGAGCUGCGCCGCCGGGUACUACGCUCUACAUGCGAGGCUUUAGGCAUACCUUUUACCGAUACUGAGGAGACGCCUACGACUAGUGCCAAGGCUGCUAAGAAAGCUUUGGCCGCAACAGCUGAACUAUCAGCAUUAGCCGCUCAGACCCCAAAUACGCAUUUAAAUCCGACACGCAAAUCUAACGACUCCAAGGUUGAGUCACAUCAGAAACUACCAGGUGUAGUACCUCGCGCCAUUUUCACAACAGGUGUGAACAACAAUCUUAACACAAGUGAACGACGCAUUACACGCGUUUCGGACGGAGAUGCUUUUGUGCCUAUGACUCAAAGCCCUACCAGAGGCAGUAGCUUAGGUGGUGAAGAAUCUCGUAUGGUGCAGCAAGCAAGCUUUGGAAAAACGACGAUAGACUUUGAUAAAAUUACUUUUGAAAAUACUGAAACAGAUACGGUGACAAAUGUGGCCACCCAAAACAUUAUCGCGCAAGAUCAAAGCGGAAGUCGAUCAGCUUCUGGUCUGGCCACAUCUUCGCCUGAGCUUAAAAAAAUUACUGAGUACCUCAAAAAUUGUGAGUCUCGCAGACAAAGCUUGAAACAAUCACGUCGUGCAACAGGGUUAGGAAAUGCAAGUAGCGGCGCCGCUUCUGAUAGUGUUGAGACUAUGGUAGAUAACAUAGACACAGACAUGCCGGCAUGUGGCGCAGCGGAGACUGAAACACAACAUUACGUACAGCCCUUCGAAUCGGAGCAGUUUGGUGUUGGCACUGAAAACAUGGUGGGUUGGCGCGAUCCUGUCGAGUUCGGCAAGGAAAGGCGCUCAAAGGCAUCGCCCAGUAUGCAAUACAAAGGCAUACCGCGCUUCAGUAUCUCAUGCGUGGACGAGGAUGCGCGCAACGAUAUAAUUAACAAGAUACAUACGUUAGGCGGAACAGUAUCUGAGAAUCUUGUCAAUUUUGACCCUGAUUGUACGCACUUUAUCUGUGAACGCCCAAAUCGCGGGGAAAAAAUGCUUGGUUGUGUUUCAUCAGGCAAAUGGGUGCUCAGUCUCAAGUAUAUAGAAGAGUGUUACGCAAAAGAUGUUUUUGUCGACGAGGAACUCUAUGAAUGGGGCAACAGUAAAGCGCUAAAUUUACCACAGCUGACUCCAGACGAGCAACUUUUGGCAUCGGCGGUACAUCGUUGGCGUAAGAAGCUCAACGAUACUACAUCUGCAGAUGGAAGAAAGUUGGGUGCCUUUAGCGGCUUUCGCGUUAUACUACACAUUGCUGAACGCAAUUCGGAAGCUGUAAAGAAUGUUUUACGUGCUGGACGUGGCGAUGUGAUGACCGUGCAGUCGCCAUUCAAUACGUGCAGUACGGCUAAAAAUGCUACGCAUUGCUUCGUGGACGUGAAGAAAGCGCCACUGACGCGCAGCGAUUACGAUUAUCUGCGUACGCUUGGUGUUAAGAUUUACUCACAAAUGUACAUUAACUCAUAUCUAAUGUAUGGCGAGGAAGUAGACGCAGCCAAGUAUGAGAUCAAAAUCCAAUAGACUGAUGGCCUUAUUCAUAAAAUAAGUUUGGGUGUGAGUAUUUUGUACGUUAAAGUGUUAAUGCAUAUGUAUCUUUUUUUGUUUUUUGAAUUCAAUAAAUCAUGAAUUACUUAAUUGUUCAAAAGUA